AUGGCCAAUAAAGCCCCAUAUCAGACGACUUUCGAGCCAGAACAUACAAUUCAGCCAAUCUAUACCGGCGGCAGCGUUGCCCUUGAUCAAGAUGGGCGCAUUCUUGCGACAACACUUGGAGAAGAUGCUUUAUUGACGGAUUUGAAGACCGGAAAACAAUUGGCGAAGAUUGAGGGAGAUGGUGAACUUAUCUCAACAUUGACAUUAACCCCCUCCGCAUCGCAUCUCAUCAUAUGCUCUCGAUCGUUGUCUAUGCGGAUAUACGCUCUCACAGCUUCCGAGGACGGUACGAUCCAAUUCGAAGUCCUACGAACUCUCAAGCCUCAUACCACACCUGUCGUCGUUCUAGCAGUUGAUCAAUCCGGCUUGUACCUCGCAACUGGUGCUGCAGAUGGAGUAGUGAAAGUCUGGGAUAUACACGGAGGCUACGUGACACAUACAUUCCGCGGACCCAAUGUUUUGAUCUCAGCCCUCCAUUUCUUCCAGUUAGUCGCAAACAGACAGGAAGAGGAGACUGGGAUUUCUGGCAGAAAUCGAAAACGAAGGAAGAGCGAGGAGCCAGAAACCGAUGUAGCGAGAGGUUAUCGUUUGGCAUCCGGAAGUCAAGAUGGAAAGGUUCGAAUCUGGGAUUUGUACAAGCGGACCUCUGCUGCGGUUCUCGAUUCGCAUGUGUCCGAUGUUACGUCCCUCGAUUACUCGUCCGAACAAAAUGCCCUCCUUUCCGCCAGUAGAGACAAAACAAUUAUGUGGUGGGAUGCCAAGACGUGGAAGGUGCGAAAGGUUGUACCAGUACUGGAGGAGGUUGAAGCAGCUGGAUUCGUCGAGGCAGGAAAGAUGGCAUAUACUGGAGGUAUCAAUGGCAAUAUCCGAGUCUGGGAAACGAUUACUGGGCGAGAGGUUACAGCAGCGCAAUCUCCACAGACAGAAACUGAUGCGAUUGUUGCCGCGACAGUUUUCAAGGAUAGAAUUCUGACUGUGCAGUCGGACCACACUCUCGUUCUACACUCAACAACCUCUCUUCAAGAGGCAGCACAUACAAUUCCACCUCUGGACAAAGUCAAGCGGAUAUCGGGCACUCACGACGAGAUUAUUGAUUUGGGAUAUCUCCUCCCAGACAGAUCAUUGCUCGCGCUUGCACCGAACUCCGAGGAAAUACGGAUUGUUUCUUUGGGUACUGGUGCGGAUUCGGACUACUUUGGUGCAGAUGUGGCUCAGCUUCAUGGCCAUGAAGACAUCAUUAUUUGCUUGGACAUCGACUGGUCGGGACAUUGGAUUGCUACGGGCGCGAAGGACAAUACUGCACGGUUAUGGAGAAUUGAUCCUGAGACCUCGUCUUUCACAUGCCAUACUACGUUUACGGGGCAUGCGGAAUCUCUAGGAGCAAUCGCCCUCCCGAAACAAACACCAUCCGAAUCAUCGCCAGCGUUCAAAUCACCUCUUGAUCACCCACCACAAUUCCUUCUGACUGGAUCUCAGGAUCGCACAGUCAAACGCUGGGAUAUUCAGUCGUCCACGCGCAAAGCUCCACGAGCUGCUUACACGCGUCUGGCCCACGACAAGGACAUCAAUGCCCUUGACAUCAACCACACAACUCAACUUUUUGCCUCAGCAUCUCAAGAUAAGAAUGUCAAAAUCUGGUCUGUGGAAGAAGGAGAAGUGCAGGGAAUACUUCGUGGGCACAAGCGUGGUGUUUGGUCUGUCAAGUUUGCGCCGAAAGAUACUCCGUCUAUUAUCGGCGAGAGCGGACCAGCAGCUGGGAAAGGACUGGUUCUCACAGGAAGUGGAGACAAAACCAUCAAGAUAUGGAGCCUAGCGGAUUACAGUUGUGUCCGAACUUUCGAAGGUCACACUAAUAGUGUACUCAAAGUCGCCUGGCUGGGUCUUCCAAAUCCAGAAGACAGAGGUAAGAAACAUGUUCAGUUUGCGAGUGCUGGUGGUGAUGGAUUAUGUAUGGUAUGGGACGCAAGUACUGGCGAGACUUCUUGCACGCUAGAUAAUCACGAGGAUCGAGUGUGGGCCUUGACAGUCCAUCCUGUUUCCAACAUGAUCGUCUCAGGAAGUGGAGAUUCGACGGUAACGUUCUGGAAGGACACCACAUCUUCGACCCAGGCUGCCUCAAAUGCUGCUGCGACACAGUUCGUAGAGCAGGAACAAGAGCUGCAGAACUACAUCCAUGCGAAGUCAUACCGAAAAGCCAUCACACUCUCCCUGCAGCUCAACCACCCCGCUCGGUUACUUUCUCUUUUCACAUCCGUGGUGACUGGAGUACACGAGGAAGGAAGUCUCUGUGGUGUCAAGGGCGUCGAUGAAGUCAUCGCGUCUCUGUCCGAUGAGCAGAUAUUCACUCUGCUUCUACGCAUUCGGGAUUGGAACACGAACGCUAGAACAGCUGCUGUUGCACAACGAAUUCUAUUCACGCUAGUCAGAAGCUAUCCCGUGGCACGACUGGCAAACUUGCAGAUUCGGGCCGUGAAAGGACAGCAGACUUUGAGAGAGGUACACAAUGCGCUGAAGGCGUAUACGGAGAAGAAUCGGAAACGCAGUGAGGAUAUGUGGGAUGAGGCUUAUUUGAUGGAGUAUACCCAGAGGGAAAUGGAUGGAUUGAUGUUGCUGGAACCUGAGCCUGAGGUCAGUAGUGGGCUCGCUGAGUCAGAUCAGGAUAUGAUCAUGGUGUAG